CUGAAACAAAACCAGAGGCCUCCCAAGCGAACAAGAUAACGAUAACAGAAAUUUUACUCGGAAAACAAUGGCAGCUUCCGUUGUGUUAGGACUGUCGCCGGGGAAUACCUCCGGUGUCAUGGCAGCGUCGUCGACUAGACUUCACUUCAGAACUAAACUAAAUUCCGAGUUAGGGUUUCUCACUUCUCAAUUGGGUGGCAUCAAAAUCUCCUCCAACAACUCGCCGAUCCCUUCCGCACCCAUUUCUGCUCCUCUCAGACCCGCACUUCAACCCGUUGCUCGUAGAGUUUGUCCCUUUACUGGAAAGAAAGCAAAUAAGAAGAACUUAGUUUCUUUCUCCAACCACAAGACCAAAAAGUUGCAGUUUGUAAAUCUUCAAUACAAGAAGGUGUGGUGGGAAGCUGGGAAGCGUUUUGUAAAACUACGAUUAUCAACAAAGGCUUUGAAGACCAUUGAGAAAAAUGGACUUGAUGCUGUUGCUAAGAAGGCCGGAAUUGAUCUUCGCAAGGAAUGAUAUGGUAAUUCAUGACUUUAAAUUUUACUCUUAGAAUUUGGGAAAGAGUCGCCUGAUUACAAGAUCAUGCUGUAUCCUGCUAUGUUUUUGCUUAUCCUUGUUAGUAAAUCUGUGUAUUUUUAAUGACCACGAUAUUCUUGUAUCUUUGCUUUCCCCCAUUUGCCAAUGAAGCUGGGAUCCAUCCUCCCUCCUUUCUGGGCUUAAUGUUUAGCCAGAGUGAUUUUACAUGGAACAGAUGCUCAGAAAUCUUGUAUGCAGUUAAGUAAUGCAAUGAUGUUUUCUAUGGA